CCACAGUUAAGUAUGGCAGCCAGAAAUGGCUGCCAUAUUGGAAAUAUUCACAGCCGAAUGAAAAUUUUGAUCGCGAAUUUCUUAGUUGCAAUCGUUUUACGAUCGUUUUUCCAGGAAAAUAGGAGUGGGAGAAUUGCCUGUCACAAAUGGGUUUGGAUGAUGCCAAUGGAUACCAUUGACAAUCCAUUGGAAUCCUCCAAUCUCAUUUGUGAGGUCUCUCCGCCAUUUGGAACAGAUUCCAAGCAGAAUCUCUGAGACACUGGCCACACAUGCAAUUUUAUGUUCCGUCGCUUUCCUGGAAACAUACCAGAAUUUGAUAAAAGGGUUACGACGAAAUAUAUCACACGAAUCGUUAUAAAUUUUCUAGAACAUUAAAUGAUGUCUUCGUUCGAUGAGAAAUAUGAUAAGGAACAUCCGAGAAAUUUAAUACCUGAACUAUGUAGACAAUUUUAUGAUCUUGGUUGGGUCACUGGAACUGGUGGUGGUAUAUCUAUCAAAUAUGAAGAUGAAAUAUAUAUUGCACCAUCUGGUGUCCAAAAGGAACGUAUCUGUCCAGAUGAAAUGUUUGUACAGGAUAUCAAUGGAAAGGAUUUAAAGUUACCAGCGUCUGAUAAAAAAUUGAAAAAAUCUCAAUGCACACCAUUAUUUAUGUGUGCAUAUUUAAGAAGAAAUGCGGGAGCUGUAAUUCAUACUCAUUCCAAAUUUGCUGUGAUGGUUACUUUUCAUUGGCCUGGUAAAGAAUUUCGUAUCACUCACCUUGAAAUGAUAAAAGGUAUAAGAAAUCAGAAAUUGGGAAGAGCAUAUCGUUAUGAUGAAGAACUUGUAGUUCCAAUAAUUGAAAAUACACCAUUUGAAGAAGACUUAAAGGAUAAAUUGGAUAAAACCAUUGUUGCUUAUCCAGAAACGUGUGCUAUAUUAGUGAGAAGACAUGGAAUUUAUGUUUGGGGUGAUUCAUGGCAACAAGCAAAGACUAUGACAGAAUGUUAUGAUUACUUGUUUGAGAUAGCAUUACAAAUGAAAAGAGACGGAUUAGAUACUCUAGCGACUCCUGAAGAUUAUGAGUUAAAGUAUCAAAAAAAUGGAACACUAAAUGGAUAAUAAUAGUAUGAUUAUUUCUACAAAAAAAAAUUAUUUUUGUAUAAAUUUAAAGGAAAAAUUUAUGUACAUAUAUUACAGUAUAUACAUUUGUUGAUUCAUUAUAACAUUUCAUAUAUCUAAAUCAAAUGGUUGAAAUUCUUUUCUAA